ACGACAAAUUGAUGUCUGCAGCAUUCGAGAUGUGACAUGAAGAAGACUCUCCUGUAUCGUUGCAAGCUUAGCCCGGACAUCUAUUCUACCGUAGACAAGUACGUGCGACAGGAAUGUAGGUACUCCGUGCGCGUGGUCUCCACCCUGCCAUACACAUACACCUGUUUACCCAUUCAUUAACCUUUCAUUUUGACCUCGGCAGCUCCACACGUUUAUUAAUCUUGAGCUCAUGAAUCUUGGGUCUGAACUCCUUGACUUGAUAUGGGAGAAAGUGUGUAUACAGUAAUUGAUAUUGGUAUUUGGUAUAUAAAGAAUUUGCUCCCUUAUGACUAUCGAUUCACCUGCUCCUUCAUCAACUUAAACCAUAGAACCUAUUCCUAGGUAUUGAAAAUCACAGCAAACACCAAGAUGUCGACAAUUCUCGCCGCUCCUUUUGAUCCCAAACUCACCGGUGCGCUUCUUGCAGCACUCUUAUACUACCCGCACAAAUUACGAGCUAUUCUUCCGACCAAUAUCCAACCACAUAUUACUUCUCCGGCUGCUGCUCGAACGUUGAAGAUUUUAUUCGUAUUUGGUAUUUUAAAAGGUCUCAACAACAAGUUAUCUCACCUUGUAUUGAAUAAUUGGAAGGGCAAUGCGAAAUUUAUCAAGAGUCAGGAGCUGGUGUUGAUCACGGGUGGUUCGAGUGGAAUGGGGGAAAUAAUGGCGAGAGAUUUCUCAUCUAAAGGAGUUAAAGUUGUGGUGAUGGAUUUGAACCCUCCAAAGACUCCAUUUCGUAAGUUUUCUGUCUCCGGGACCAUGUGGUGAUGAUGACUGACAGGUCUUAAAGCAUCAAAUGUAUUUUAUUACCAAGUUGAUGUAACAUCAUCAUCACAAAUAGCCUCCGCAGCUUUAGAAAUUCGAAAGGAUCAAGGAGAUCCUACCGUAAUUAUCAAUAAUGCUGGACUUGGAUAUUCCCAACCUAUCUUAGAAACCACCGAAGAACAAAUUCGAAGAACAUUCGAUGUCAACACGGUAUCCCAUUUCUUGAUGGCUAGAGAAUUCCUCCCGGCCAUGAUCAAGAAGAAUCAUGGUCAUGUGGUAACGGUCGCCAGUCUCGCAAGUUAUGUGGUUCACGCAGCCAAUGUAGAUUAUGCAUGUACCAAAGCCAGUGCACUCGCCUUCCACGAAGGACUCGCAUCAGAAUUAAAACAUCGAUACAACGCACCAAACAUCAAAACCACGUAAGUCGCCAAAUUCCUUCCAUUGGAUCUUGUCACUAGUAUUCCACACUCACAAAAGAAUCAGCGUUGUUAAUCCAGCCUGGGUCCGUACCCCAUUAAUCGAAGAGCUAAUCGCCCAGCCCACCUUUAAGGAAUCAAUCCUCGAACCUGAAACCGUCACUUCUGCUAUCGUUAACCAAGUGUUAUCGGGAAGCAGUGGUCAUAUUGUUUUACCCAAUGAAAUGUAUAUCCUGAGUACGAUCCGCGCAUGGCCAUGGUGGCUCCAAACCUCACUUCGAAACCACAUAGCUCCAUUAUUACUCUUUAAAGAACCAGUACAGCGUAAGCCCACCGCACAAAUAGGAGAUGUGGCUCCGGCAGCAUCCACGUAAAUAUAACAGGUCAUGCUUUUUCCGGAACAUUUUGUUUGUGCAAUGAGAGGUUGGCUUGUCGGGAUUUUUUUUCAGACGUCGUUCUAGGUUACUCUACGUCGUUGUAUUCGCGGUAGUCAUGGUGGCUAGAAUCGGGAUCUUUUGCGGACUCUUUCAUUGGUAGAUAUGCCGGCAGACUGUAAAUUGUAAAUAAUAUCUGUUGUAAUUGCAUUCCGUCCGUAUGAUAGGUUCAUAUAAAUUCGCCAGGUGAGUACAACGAACCAGUACCGACAUGACCGUUGGAAGACAUGUGUAACCACUCGUACUAGGUAGGUAUCUCAAACGAACACCAGCUG